GCUCUUAGCGCUCAUCCCCCUCCUCCGGCCCCGGGUGUCCCCGUGACGAGGCAGCGCGGAGCCGCCGCGGGCCUGGCCCAUCCCGCCGCAGCGGCCCGGGGCCGAGCAGGGGCUAGGCGGUGAGGGAGCGGCGCCCAGCGUGUCCCGGAGCGUGGCCAGAAUGGUGCUGGAAGGAAACCCUGAAGUGGGGUCCCCCCGAACCUCAGACCUUCAGCACCGGGGGAACAAGGGCUCUUGCGUUCUCUCCUCUCCCGGUGAAGAUGCGCAGCCAGGCGAGGAUCCCAUCAAGUAUGGUGAACUCAUCGUCCUGGGAUGCUGUGAGGAAGGAGGUGAGGAAACCGAGGCUCAGAGAGGGGAAGUGACUGGCCCAAGGGCACACAGCUGCUACAAUGGGUGUCUGGCAAGUGGGGACAAGGGCCGCAGGCGAAGCCGCCUGGCACUGAGCCGCCGUCCGCAUGCCAAUGGAGUGAAGCCAGACGUCCUGCACCACAUCUCCACGCCGCUCGUCUCCAAGGCACUGAGUAACCGUGGUCAGCACAGCAUCUCGUACACGCUGUCCCGGAGCCACUCGGUCAUAGUGGAGUAUACACAUGAUAGUGACACAGACAUGUUCCAGAUCGGCCGCUCCACAGAGAACAUGAUUGACUUUGUGGUAACAGACACGUCCCCUGGAGGAGGGGCUGCCGAGGGCCCUUCCGCCCAGAGCACCAUCUCCCGCUACGCCUGCCGCAUCCUCUGUGACCGCCGGCCGCCCUAUACUGCCCGCAUCUAUGCAGCUGGCUUCGACGCCUCUAGCAACAUCUUCCUUGGAGAGCGGGCGGCCAAAUGGCGGACCCCAGAUGGCCUGAUGGAUGGACUGACCACCAAUGGAGUUCUGGUGAUGCACCCGGCGGGCGGCUUCUCCGAGGACUCAGCCCCAGGUGUCUGGCGGGAGAUCUCGGUCUGUGGGAAUGUGUACACGUUGCGGGACAGCCGCUCAGCCCAGCAGCGGGGCAAGCUGGUGGAAAACGAGUCCAACGUGCUGCAGGACGGCUCUCUCAUCGACCUGUGUGGGGCCACACUGCUGUGGCGCACACCGGCGGGGCUGCUGCGGGCUCCCACACUGAAGCAACUGGAGGCCCAGCGGCAGGAGGCAAAUGCAGCGCGGCCCCAGUGCCCCGUGGGCCUCAGCACUCUGGCCUUCCCCAGCCCAGCCCGUGGCCGCACAGCACCCGACAAACAGCAGCCCUGGGUCUACGUCCGCUGCGGGCACGUCCAUGGCUACCACGGCUGGGGCUGCCGGCGGGAGCGGGGCCCCCAGGAGCGCGAAUGUCCUCUCUGCCGCCUGGUGGGGCCUUAUGUGCCUCUAUGGCUUGGCCAGGAGGCCGGCCUCUGCCUGGACCCUGGGCCGCCUAGCCAUGCCUUUGCACCUUGCGGCCACGUCUGCUCUGAGAAGACUGCCCGCUACUGGGCCCAGACACCACUGCCCCAUGGCACCCAUGCUUUCCAUGCCGCCUGCCCCUUUUGCGGGGCCUGGCUUACUGGCGAGCAUGGCUGCGUCCGCCUCAUUUUCCAGGGCCCGCUGGAUUAGGCUCCCUGGGGCCCCCUGCUGCUGUGCCCACCUGCCCACCCAGGUCCCCACCUCCUGCAGCCCAGAGGGAGCUCUGCAUGUGGGACACUCCCUGCUGGCACAGCCACACCAGAUGGACAUGUUGGACGGGCUGUGCCCUUCCCCCCAACUGUGGCCCCCCAAGGAGGUCCCCAAGAUCUGCACCCCAGUCAUGCUGAUGGGCCUUCAGAACCACCUCUGUCCUGGGUCGAUGGAGGAAAGCCCAGCCCCAUGGCCUUGCCCUUCCUGGGGCAUCCCACAUCGUGCCGCUGACACUGUGUGCCCCUGGGGGAGUGAAGGGGCCAGGGGCCCCUGACCCCUAGCUUAGGCUGGCUAUGCCCUGAGCCUGCCAACCCAGUUUCAGACACUCAUCCUUCCUGCUGCCACCCUGGGUUCCUCUAUAAACUUCGCUGCUCAGCUGCCCCCACAAGUCCCAUGUGCCCCGCAUGCGUGUAAUGCCUCCAGCCCCCAAGUGAGUAGUGGGUGGGUGGCAGGCUGGGCCCAGCAUUUGCUGACAGCCACUAUGGGCUGGACUCUGUGCUAAGUGGUCUCUGGGGACACAGAGGCAAUCAGACCUGGUUCCCCGCCUGGCGGAGUUCACAGUCUAGUGGAGGACAGACUGUUACCAAAUGGCAACACGCUUCAUGUGUGCUAGGAUCAGAGUACGAAUCGGGCUGUGGCAGGCCUCACUGGUAAUGGAAAAGUGAGGGAGGCUUCACGGAGGAGUUGUCGUAGGAGCUCAGCCUCGAUGGCUGCUCGGAACCCUCGGGGUCCACAAGAUGGGAAGCGUGCUCUAUGCAGAAGGGAGGGCCUGUGUGUAGGCUCAGGUGUCAGUUAGCCAGGAAUCCAGGGACAGUGUCAGGGUGGCUGGAGCAUGGACUGCUGGGGGACAGAGAAGGGGGUGGAGCAAAAGGUUGGGACCAUGUGACCAGGGAAGAUGCUGGAUGGAGGAUUCUGAACCUCAUUUGUGGAUGGUCAGGAGUCAACAAAGGGAGGAGAGAGGACUCACUGGUCAAGAGUGUGUCGGCUGUGACACAAGGGCCAUCAUCCCUGAAUGCCCACCACGUGCCCCGCACUGUGCUGAUGAUGAUAAUAAUAACUACGUCCAUUGAGCACUCUCCAGA